AUGACGAAGGAUGCAGCAAAUGGUAGGCUAAAUGCGGAAAAGGAGGCAGUCGUUAAUGAGUUCCAGAAAUUACGAGAGCAACAGAGAGAACUCAUAAUUGAAGUCGCACGAGUAGAGGAGGAUCGAAGAGAGCACAAACGAGUAUUGGAUGCACUCGAAACUAUGGAAGAUGAUGCGAAUUGUUAUCGGUUGAUCGGUGGUUCCUUAGUACAGUAUCAAGUGGUAGCUAUUAGGCCUAUUCUAAGCACGAAUCUUGCUGGUCUUGAAAAGCUUUGCACUUCAUUGAAGGAUCAACUUGAACAGAAGGGAAAAGAACUUGAUGAUUAUAGCAACAAACACAAUAUUCAUUUCAUCACCGAUAGAGAGAUCUAUGAAAUGGAAUCAGAAAGUAAAGCUGAAAGGAAGAAAUAG